ACGGUUCUCCAACCUGUAAGAUCCUUGGCGUCCCGCGGGAGUUGGGCGAGAGGCCGAGAGCUGUGUAAAGCCCGGUGAACAGAGUGGCAGAAUAUCUGUUGGUACCUGGAUGCGGUUUUACCUUAUCUGAAGGUUUGUGGAUGAUCUCAGAUGCUGAUCAUCUGGCUGACAGCAAAGAGCAAAAGCAAGAGAGCACAGAAGUAGCGCUGGAGUCUCACAGUGAGGAGGAACUGGCGAACAGAAAACAAAGCCGAAGGAAAGAAAUCGAAGGUCCCAUUCCUCAUCUGUCAAGUGCGAUGUCUCGCCCUGCACACAGAAGACCAGAAUACCAUAAAAUAAACAAGGAUCUCUUUGUCCUCACCUAUGGAGCUCUGGUUGCCCAACUGUGCAAGGAUUAUGAAAAAGAUGAAGAUGUGAAUAAAUAUUUAGAUAAAAUGGGACACGGCAUUGGCACACGGCUGGUGGAAGAUUUUUUGGCUCGAUCUUGUGUGAGACGAUGCCACAGUUAUUCAGAAAUUAUAGACAUAAUUGCCCAGGUUGCUUUCAAGAUGUACUUGGGAAUCACACCAAGUGUGGCCUGUAACAAUUCAAGCAGAAAUGAAUUUUCCCUGAUUCUAGACAAGAAUCCUCUGGUGGAGUUUGUGGAAGAGCUCCCUGCUGGGCGGACCUCUCUGUGCUACUGCAAUUUACUCUGUGGCAUUAUCAGAGGUGCCCUGGAAAUGGUUCAUUUGGAUGCUGAUGUUGCAUUCUUGCAAGACAGACUAAAAGGCGACAGUGUAACAGAAAUAGGAAUAACAUUCCUGAAAAAGCCAGAUGAGAAAAAAUACAGACGGAAAAAAUGAAAAAUAGCAUGCAAAAUGCCUCAGGCUGACUAGCUGAGGAGUUAGUGGUAGCUAAACAAGUACAGCCACUGGAAUUUUGAGUUGCUUAAUAGCAUGGGCUUUAAAAGGAUUAUAAAUCAGCCAGAAAUUUGAAAUGCCGUGCACCAGGAUAUGAGGCUGUUUUUCCCCUUUUGCUUUUAAAUCACCCAGUUUCAAUCUCAUGUCAAGAUUUCAUAUACAAAUAACUCCUUAUAAGAUAGAAAACAUGAGUAGCACAUACUACGUAGUCCAGCAUAAGAGGGUCUAUUCAUUUCAUUUAUUUGUGGUAACAAAAAAAAUAUUGUCACCUAUACAAUUGGUAUAGUUAUCUCUUCUCAUAUGAAGAAAUGGGUGAAAUGAUACAAUAGAGAGUCCACUACUCACAGUUUCUAGGUCCUGUACAUUGCAUUCUCUGUGGAAAUAGCUCCAUUUGUACCAAUCUUUCAUAGUUAUGAAAAAAAUGGGAUUUUUCUCCAAUAUUGGCUUGGCUUAUAACUUCAGCUUUCUGGAGCUACACUUGAUUUGUAAUCAACAGGGCAAUACUAUUUAUUUGGAUGCUAAUUCUGUAACAUUUAAAAGUAACAAUUUUAAUUCAUUUAAUUUAUUUAAUUUUUAGAUGGCUGACAUUAACCUAAUUCUUUCCUUUCCUCAUGAAAUAUUACUGAUGGUGAGGCCAGAAAAUCACUACAAUGAGAAGUCAAUGAUGUUCUUUGAGAAUGUUUUCUUAUCUCAAGUUUUAUUCAGUUAUAAUUUUUACUAUCAUUUUUAUCACCUAAAAACCUGAUAGAGUAUAUUUUGUUUGUGACCAGAACAUACUUAAAAUUCAAAAUUACUGGAUUAAAUAAACAAUAAUCUUCACCAGACCAUCAGUGUACAACGAAAACCUAUAUGGUAGUCCCGACUUUACUGGAUUCUGCAGAGAAAUCAAAUUAAAAGUAAAAGUUACAAUUAAUAUGGCACCAUCAGUUAAAACUGCUGUAAGUGCUAUGGUAGUGACGGCCUCACCUAGGACUCAGGAGCCUAAAGAUGAGGCCCUGUUCUGUUUGUAGUGGCCUCAGUUGAUGCUGACCAGUAGCUGGUCUUGGGUAAGGUGUAUAAUCUCUCUCUUUCUCCCUUUGUAAAAUGAGAGGAUAGUACAUGAUAAGGAUCUAAAAUUAUGACAAUAAACAAAUGACAUCAGUAACCACUGAAAAUCCACCUCUUUAGGUUUUAGAAGACUAUGGGGAAAUUGUUCCCCACUUACCCAACUAUCUCUUCAGAAGGACGUUGAGGUUGGUACUAAGGAGCGAAUAGGGUCACAGGGGCAGCUGUAGCAUCAGUGGAAGGACCUUCAAACCUGUUCUACAGAAGACCAGGAGUAAAAUCUGGAACGUUGAUCAAUGCAGAGAUUUUGGUUAUCUUGGAAAAGCCAAAGGGAAAGAAAGGUUUGGGGCAGAUAGUUUAGUGAUUUCAAGUGAUGUCACCAGAUUGUGGUGCACACACAGUUUCCUGAGGAGGCCUGCCUGUUACCUAUUUAAAGUUGCCAAGAAUCAGAAAUACCUCCCUCGGCAGCCUGUACACUUAUUUAUUGCCUUCUCAAAUCUCUCCAGUCCAUCUGUUAGUUAUCAGAAGCCUGGAUCUCUUCAUCAUUUGGAACAGACUAUUAUGAGUAACUGCAAAGCUCCCUCUUCUUCCUGUGUAUGAAGUGCCUAGAAUCUUCCUGCAACCUCUUUACUUCCUUCUUUGCUCCCUUGUCCAUUUCAUUUAUUUCAAUUAUGCUUCAUGUAAUGGAAAUUUGUUGGCUGCCUGUACCUUUCUGCCUUCUGAGAGAAUGACAGUGUUCUGUUCAGGUGCUCACCAUUUUAUAAAGCAACACAGCUACAACCUCAGAGGAAGUCAUCACCUGGCCACAGUGGUUCAUUCCUGGUUUAAAACCACCACAUUGACAGCCACAUAUAAGACAGUCAGGACAUGACAUGCCCCAGACCAGAGGGCAGGGAUGACUGGACUGAAGUGAAGAAAGUCUUGCCUGUUACGUGAGCCCAUAAAUUUACUGUAGUCUUUCAGAGAGUAGUUUGGGUUUCUGUUACAGUAAUGCAACAAAGUUCAUUGCAUUAUAAAUAUGUGAAAAACAAUUUGCAACAUACUGGAGAAUAUCAAAGAGAAUUGUUCAUUAUUGCAUUUGCACAUAGUUGAAUGCUCAAUAAAAUGACAUUAAGGUUCACAAUAGCUCCCCUCCUCCCAGAGAUGAAAAGGUUACAGAAGGGAGAAAAGGGGAAGUUAAGUUUGCAAGUACCUAGCACACAAGUCCCAAAAAAGGAAGAUUCUAUAGAGAGAAGGCAUUUGAUAUUAGUGCACUGUGAGCUCUUUAAAAACAAACAAAACAAAAAGAAUCUCAUACAUGUCAGGGCCUUGCUUCAACUAUUUCCAACAGAACUUAAAUUACAUUAGGAGUCACUCAAGAAUUCCAAAGUCAGAACAAUCCUCUGACUUCUGGAGCCUCCUAGUGACCUACAUCUUUCAAGCCAGCAGACUGUCCAUAGUGACUUGCUGUUUCAGUGUAGUGUGUGAAUCACUACACUUUAAUGACGUAAGGGAGAAAAUUCGAAUUCCCAAUGUUCUAUACAUGCCAAACUAUAUAAGCCCCUAGAAAUGCUACUUCCUUGGUUUUGAAUUCAAUUCAGAUUUUUAUCAGGUACUAGACACUGUGACUAUGUGCUAUGGCACUUAAUAUUCCCAACAACCUGUGAGGCAUUGGAUAACAGACAAGGAGGAAAUGGAUGGGAAAUUAAAACGAGCUAAAUUUGCCAGUGCUUUUAAGUGCAUCAUGAUGAGGGGUGGUGAGUAAAGGGAGCUGGCCAUGGCUCCAGCCUGCGAGGCUGAGUGUGAGCCCACAGGAGGCAGAGUCAGUGCAGGAGAGAAGCUAAUAAGUUUGGAAUAUUUUGAGUUUGAGGUGCCUUUGAAACAUCUCAACAGCUGCAGGGAUUCAGAAGAGAGGAGAUCACUAUGUGGAUACCAGUAAAGGUGGUGGGUAUAGACAAUAGCCUCUGGGAAUAGUGUGGACUUGAGAAAAUAUGAGAGCAAAAACAGAAUCCAGAGGAAAAACACCAUUCAAAAGGGAGCAAAGAAAGAAGAGCACAAAUAAGACCAAACUUUCAGUCAGAGAUGUAUGUAGGAGAAAGUGGUGACGCUGAAGCCAAAAGAGUUUCAAAUACAGUAGAGUGAUUAGAGGUAUUAGAUGACACAGAAAAGCCGAGGAAGGGAUGUUGAAUUUUGUAAGGAGAAGGCCUUUGCCCGAGAGCGAUUUCAGGGCCAGAGGGAGGAAUUGGCCUCACUGUAGUAGAUUGAAGAGACAGCAGGAGGUGAGAUCCUGUGUACCCAACAGGCCACCAAUGCACCCCUCAUCCUUCCAAUGGCAAACUUUAAGAAAACAAGAUGUAGCAGAUAGAAUGUCCUUUGGACUGACUGAAUGUCUCCCCCAGUUUUCAUAUUUUGAAACCCUGAUGCAUAAUGCGGUAUUAUUUGAAGGUGAAACCUUUGGGACGAAAUUAAAGUUAGAUUUAGUCAUAAGGAUAGAGUCCUUAUGAUGGGAUUAAUGUUCCAGAAGAAAAACAUAAGAUCUCUCUCUCUCUCUGUCUCUCUCUCUCUCUCCCCUGUGAGGAUACAAUAGAGCAG